UCUGCUAAGUUUAGGAACUCUUUGCACGCCACUGGAAAUAGCAGCAACGGCCGCAACACAUGGCGUAGUGUUUUGACUUUGUUUUUCUGGAGAAAGUUUAUACAAAACAUCCUUAAAAGAAAGUUAUUUUUGGAAAAAUAAAUCAUGGGGAAGCUAAAAGUUCACAAGUUGAAGUACAUGACGAAGGAGGAUUUCAGGAUACUCACUGCGAUUGAAAUGGGCAUGAAGAAUCAUGAACUUGUUCCUGGACCCUUGGCAGCUUCCAUUGCUAAUCUCAAAGCUGGAGGAGUCAAUAAAUUGCUGCGUGAUAUGUGCAAAAAUAAACUUCUUCAGUAUGAACGAGGGAAGCAGUAUGAUGGCUAUCGCCUGACCAACAUGGGCUACGAUUACCUGGCUCUGAAAGCCCUGACACUGCGAGGAUCUGUGGCAUCUUUUGGCAAUCAAAUUGGAGUGGGCAAAGAAUCUAAUAUUUACACCGUAGCUGACUCUGAGGGCAAGCCCCUCUGUCUGAAACUUCACCGACUGGGUCGUGUGUGUUUCCGGAACAUUAAGGAAAAGCGUGAUUACCAUGGACGCCGCAACAAGGCUUCCUGGCUCUAUCUUUCUCGGAUUUCUGCCACCAGGGAAUUUGCUUACAUGAAAGCCCUUUAUGAUCGGGGAUUCCCUGUUCCCAAACCAAUCGAUUUCAAUCGUCACUGUGUUCUCAUGGAGCUCGUGGAUGGCUAUCCGAUGACAAAUGUCAAAGAAGUCGAGAACGUUGAGGCUCUCUACGAUGAUCUCAUGGAAUUGAUUGUAUCUCUGGGAAAUUGUGGAGUGAUCCAUGGUGAUUUCAAUGAAUUCAACAUAAUGGUGACAGAUGAGGGGAAGCCCAUCCUGAUUGAUUUCCCGCAAAUGGUCUCUACGUCCCAUCCCAAUGCCAAGUAUUUCUUCGAGAGAGAUGUAACAGGAGUCCGGGAGAUGUUCAAGAGGAGAUAUGAUUACGAAAGCGAAGAUUAUCCAAAGUUUGAGGAUAUUCUACGCGAAGAGAAUCUCGAUGUUGAGAUCAGCUGCAGCGGAUACGGAUUUACCCUGCAAAUGGAGAGGGAUCUGAUGAAGGAAUACGGGAUGGAGAGUGAAGAUGACGAGAGCGACGAAGAAGAAGUUGCAGACAUAGAUGAUCAGGAAGAUACAGAAGAUACAAAGAUUGAAUGCACAGAAGAGGAAUUGGGCAAUUUGAGGCAUCAUCUGGAAGAGGAAGUGCAAUUCACAGAGCAGAAAGUCCAGGAUAAAUCUGCCCAGAGUCACAUUGAGAAGUACAUAGCAUCAGUGUCUUCUCAUCUGGCCAGUUUCUCGCUCCAGCAUCCAUCGGACGAGGAAGAUAUCUUUGAGGAUGCCCAGGGAGAGACUUCCCAGCUUCCAAAUCCCUCAGAAAAUCCCUUCCAGCCUCCAGACAUUCCAGAAUCCGCCACAGAAGACAGUCUUCAGGGCCUAGAUCCUACCUCCCGGAUGUUUCGCCUGAAGAUGGUGGAGAAACUUCUGUCAGAUCGCCGUAGUAUGAGGUCUUUCUCCACAACAGCCAGCACAAUUGCUCCCAGUGUUAUUGCUGAUCGUCAGAAAAAAGAGAUAAGGAAGCAAAAUGCAAGGGAAGAACGCAAACGCUGCUCGGCCAAGGGCGAUGCCAAUGCGGCCAUGAGAAGGCGUCAUGAGAACAACUUCACCAUCAAACAGUAUGCAGGAUGGGAUUUUUAGUGACACCAAAUGGGCUAUUUAUAGUUCCAGCAAAAAAAUCUGUACAGGAUAUACAAAUAUAGGCAAAUUGCAGAAA